CUUCCUUAAACUGUGAAAAAUAGCUGUAGCCAUUGUCGGAAUUAUACCGAAAAUCACCUUGACAGAUAAGUUGAGGAUUGUAUAAGUCUAUGGUUAGCAGUCAGUCUGGGUUCCUGUUUGUGAACUGGUCCAAGUACACAUAGUGAUAUCAUGCUGGCUGCACAUUUAACAGUCGUGCUAGGUCUAACACUUUGUACCUGCCCAGACCACGCAGUUGGCGCAUGCAAUGAAGGACAAUCAUGCACCACGGCUGAUGGGAAUAUUGGCAAAUGUUUAAGCGGACGAUGCCUGAGUAUACUGCCUAUUGACAUACGAGAGAAUCUUACUUUUGUCAUAACUGUGAAGUACCCAGAUAAAAUGCUUCAGAAACAUGGUGGCAGUAGUCUUUUCGUACGAGGCAAUGGUCUUGGCUUAGAAUGGAUUAAAGGGAAUCAACUUCAAAAGACGUCGAGCGACACUUGGCAAAUAAACAUUCACUAUCAGUCCUCUUUAGACGGUUUCCAGUGUCAGUCAUGCCAAGAUAAGUCUUUCCUUGAACAUGAUCAGUUUCAGUAUCGUAUUCUUCUUGACGACAACCAGGACAUGUUAGGAGCAAACUUUGCUGUUAAUCUACCGUUAGCGAAAUCGUCCAGCUAUUUUAACCUUAAGCCGGAAAUAACUGUUUUUCCAUGGUUCUAUUCUAAGUCUGGGACUUAUGAAAAUAUAACCUUAGAAUCUCCGCAGAUAGGUGGAAAUAGAACCAUUUCUAUAUAUUUUCCCCCAAGCUUCCACGAAAACACAUACAAAAUCUAUCCCGUUCUCAUUGUCACUGAUCUCAAAGCCGGAUAUGCCCAGAUUAAACCGUACGUGUUUGAAGAACUGAUGUACCCACAUGGAGCCACAGUGGAAUUCGUUGUAAUUGGCUUUGAAGACUAUAAAAACUGCCGUACGACACUUCUUACUACGCCAGUUGGUUCAGAAAUGUACUGUAAAGAAGGGACAUACUCAAACCGAUGUAACAACUGCUACUCGAGCACAACAGUUGAUUACACACCCGCCUGGUUUCAAGUAUUGAAGGAUAAAUGUGGAUAUCGUUACUUUACAGGAGGCAAAGCGGAAGAUACUAUAAACUUCCUGUUAGACACAGUGUAUCCGAGAGUACAAACUAUAUCAUCCAAUAGACUCUCGACGAAACGUGACGACAUUGGUUUCAUGGGAUAUUCCAAUGGCGGAUUGACGGCCUGUCAUGCGGCCUGGACUUUGCCGGAAAGAGUGGGUUUUGCGGCUUGCCUGUCUUCAUCGUUCUGGUGGCCCUUUAACAACGUCACGUGGACAACUUGCGAUUUCAAUUUUAUAAACAAAACUUUAAAGGACCCUAAUUACCUAAAAAGCCGUCCACCACAGAAGAUCUACAUAGACGCCGGCGGCGCGGAGGCAAAUGAGCCUUAUAUGACUAAGCAAGUUGCCAUAGAAACAGCCGAGUAUCUGGAUUCGAUGGAUUACUUCACCAUGAACAAGAAUCUCUGGGUUCACAUCUUUCCCGGAGAACAUCACAGUUACUAUUCCUGGAUGAAAAGGGCAUGGAGAGCGAUGUCUGUUCUGCUGCCGGCACCCGGCUCGCCGGCAAUGCCACAAGUAUCGAGUCUGCCUAUAGUUGGGUGACAUGUUGCAAUUAUUUGUUCUACUGUACCAAAUCUUAAACAUUUUCACUUAAUGUCUUGAGUCACAUUAAAUUCAGUCUGCGCGACAA